GCAACCGAAUCAGUAAUUAGUGAACGAACGAGCGAGCGAGCGAGCGAGUGAACGAACAAACGGACGAACGAACGAAAGUGUUUCACCUAAAUAAAUACGCUCAUUUUUCCCAUUCGUGGAUACUCAACAAUCGUUCGGCCUCCGUCGUCGUCCGAGUUAGUAGUUCCAUUUAAUUUAAGACACUGAAAACGGGCUCUCUGCUUUUCCAAAAUUCUUUCUACAUUUCUUAUUGUCUGUGGAUGAGAUAUACAUUGCAAUCAACUAUAAUACUUGACGUGAACGAUAUUGUUAUCCAUUUGAUGUUUACUUUGUUUCUUCAACUCGAAAUUGAAUGACAAUCCUGCGAGAAAAGGAAAGAGUAAAAGAAGUAAAAACAAGAAUGGAACGAUCAGUAUUCACGUAGAAUGAACUGCGCGGAUACUCGAAGCAGCGUGAACAAACUUCUACAAUCGUGUGUCCUUUAUUGAGAUCUUUCUUCUUUUCUGCCUCUUCAUCAAGUAGAUAUUCAAUAUGGUUUAUUUACGACGCAAGAUUUUAUUUUUCGGAAAUGUGAUUAAUCAGCUGCAACAGAGUGUUAGGUGGAGCUCUUCUUUGAGAACUAAGGAUAAGAAUUCUGUACCGCAACGUUUCUUUAAGUAUGCAGAUUUAUCUGUCCGCCUCGCUGGACCAAAUCAGUUAAAUCCUAAACCUGAUGUUAAUAAGCUUUCAUUUGGGAAAUAUUUCACUGAUCACAUGCUCAAAGUACAUUAUUACGAAGGCAUGAAUGGUUGGCAAGCACCAGAAAUUAUGCCUUUCGAAAACAUAGUUCUUCAUCCAGCAGCGAAAGUACUUCAUUAUGCUGUGGAGUUGUUCGAAGGUAUGAAAGCUUACAGAGGUGUUGAUGGCAAAAUAAGGUUGUUUAGACCAGAGUUAAAUAUGGAAAGAAUGAAUAAUUCAGCAGUAAGAGCUGGUCUGCCACCUUUCAGAGGGGAAGAGUUAAUUAAGUGCAUUUGUAGAUUAAUUAGCAUAGACCAAGAAUGGGUUCCACAUUCUACCGCCUCUAGUCUUUACAUUCGUCCUACGCUCAUAGGCAUUGACCCUACACUUGGAGUCGCAACUUCGGAUUCAGCUUUAUUGUAUGUAAUCCUAUCUCCCGUCGGAUCUUACUUCAAAGCUACAGAUCAGCAAGUCGGGAUUUCCCUGCUUGCAGAUCCUAGGUAUACGAGAGCAUGGCCUGGCGGUUGUGGUAAUGCUAAAUUAGGCAGCAAUUAUGGACCUACAAUUCAAGUUCAACAAGAAGCUACCGAAAAAGGUUUACACCAAGUAUUGUGGCUGUACGGUGAAAACAAUGAACUUACAGAAAUUGGCACUAUGAACAUCUUCGUUGUUUAUACAAAUAAUAACGGAGAAAGGGAACUACUUACACCAUCUUUAAAUGGUUUGAUCUUACCCGGAGUUGUAAGAAAUUCGCUUUUAGCUAUAUCUAGGCAAUGGAAUCAAUAUAAAGUUACGGAAAGACCUAUUACGAUGAAAGAGAUUAUACAAUUAAAUUCAGAUAAUAGGCUGUUGGAAAUAUUCGGAGCAGGAACAGCGUGCGUAGUCAGUCCUGUAUCUUAUAUUAACUUCCAAGGUGAAGAAUUGCAUAUACCAACGACAGAACAACCUGAAGCAAUUUAUCAGAUGCUCAAGAAACGUUUAUUGGAUAUACAGUAUGGUAUUAUACCUGACCAUCCAUGGAGUUUAAUCAUUGAGUAAAAUAUGAAUGAUAUAAGAUUAUAUUAAUUAUUUUAAUCUACUUAGUAAAAUAUUUAAAAAUCCUUAAAUUUAAA